AUGCACAAUGUACAUACAUGUACAUACAGCGUACUCAAUAGUAAAACUUGAGAGCAGAUGUGGAUAUCUUAAAUAUUCUUUAGACCUACAUACCCUGGAUCAACACUCCAUGUCCUAACUGACAUACAGGAGGGGAUCAAGAAACAGAAAACUGGCAUAGAUAAAGUGAAACAAGAAGAAGGAUAUAAAAGCCAAGAAACAUUUGACAAUGUCAAUUAUCCUUCAUGGGGACUACAUAUCCCAGCCUUGUAGGUCCCUGGGGAUCUUCCUGAAGGUAAACAACAUUGACUUUCAACUCAAUGACCUUCAGAUUUAUAAAGGGAGUGCAGUGUAUGCAAGUAUUCACACUGAGGAAUAUGCCAGGAUGAAUCCAUUCAAGCGUGUCCCAACAUUGGAAAUAGAUGGCAUGUUCAUAGUAGAGAGUGUGGCUGCUCUGCAGUACCUAGGGGACAGAAAAGAUGUGGCUGAUCACUGGUACCCUAAGGAUCUGAAGGAUCGGGCCCUGGUGAACACAUACCUGGCCUGGCACCCAGCUGACAUGAGAAAACAUGCCCAUGGCUAUGUCCAAGCGUUGUUUGGGGGAGGAAGCAUUGAUGAGUCAACAGCCAAGAGUAACUAUGAGGCAAUGUUAGACAAUUUGGAGACAAUAUGGUUGAAAGCCAACCCAUUCCUGGCAGGUUCAAAAUUAACAAUUGCUGACCUCCAUUGUGUUUGUGAGCUAAGCCAACUAGAGGCAUAUGGUAAGGGAUAUUUGACUGAACAACGUCCAAAACUGGCAGUAUGGAUGGAAAAGGUGAAAGCAAACCUCCAACCACACUUCAAUGAGGUUCAUACAUCAUUCAUGGCUGAAGCUGGAGAAAGAUACCAGGAAUACAAGAGUGCUAAGCUAUAAUGCACUUUUUUCAAAAAUUUGACAUCUCUACUUUAAAAGAGCUUCAUCUAUAUUGCUACUACACUGUAUAUUUAGUUUCUGGGUCUCAGAAAAAAUGUAAUUUGGUACAGCCAUAUGGAAAAUUUGUUCCCGAGCAGAUGCCCAAUGCUUAUAAUACACUGUCCUAUAAAAGGACCAAAUCUGGUAAGUGGUAUUCAAGUUAUCAAAAAGUACAUUUACAUAAAUAACUAUUCAAUUUUGAGUUUAGAGGCAAUUUUGUCAUCAAAGCAUCAGCAUAUACCAAAUCAAUUAAAGAGUUAGUAUUUCAGUUAUCAAAGGCUACAUUGUUUUAUGCAAAAUAGUUUACAUUUUGAAAGUAAAGUGCCCAUCAAUUUUCUUGAGCAGAUGUACACUACCCAAAUCUGUCAACUGGUACUUGAGAUAUUACCUAGACAGACAAAAUAUAUAAAGGUGAGAAACUUUUUGAUCCACCCUUGUAUAAAGCAACUCACCUGGGAUAUAUGGCCCCAAACAUGCUGUGCAUGAACUGUAGACGGAAUAUAUAGAUGAGCAGAGGGAAUACAGUCACCAUUUGGAAGAACAAUCCAACUCUGGCUACGACUGAUAGAGUAUCUGAUUUCAGGAAAUUGUUUAAAAAAUUCUGGAAUAAAAUAAUCACAGCAUAAUUAUGUUUUUCGAUUAUUAUAUGGUAUUACAAAAGUGCUUAAAAAAUUAAAUUAGUAUUGAAAACAC